AUGUAUUAGAUCACUAUUGAUACAAAAACUUUCGAUUAGAUAACUGAUUAAGUGCUCAAACCUCAAACAAAAAUUCUAGAUAACAAAUAAUACUAUGAUGAAAUGCCUCUUGAAAAUUAUUUGGAUAAGUAAUAUGGAUUCACAGUUUUAAACUCCAAUGUUCAAUAGCACGACGAUGAUUCUCCGUAAAAUGUAAACCAUCAAGAUUAAAAUCCAAAUGUCUAAGAAGAUUAAUUGCAGAUAAAUUCUAAUAAUUCUCAGGAAUACUAUAAAAUGUUUGGUAAUUCCUAAAAUCAAGAUGCAUCUAACAAAAACAAUUUAUUAAAAAAUGACAAUGAUGAUACCCUAACUAGUAUAUCAAAAUUCACUAAUGAGUACAUAAAUUUGAAUAAGUCACAAAAAUUGUUAGAAGUAAACUAACAUGAGAAUUAGAACGAUCAUCUUAAAUCUUUAGAUUAAAGCUUAGCAAAUACCUUGUCAAGAAAAAAUACUUUCUAAGAUUUGAUUGCCAAGAAUCCCUUGAGUUACUUAAGAAUUAAAAAGAAAUUCACUUAAAAUCAGUAAAAAGAAAGGAUGUUUGUCAUAAAGCUAUUUUAAAGCUCACUAGGAUUUGAAGAAAAUUAAAAUGAUGACCCAGCCUUAAGUUAAAAUUAGUUAUUCAAUGAGCUGGUAUUCUUUCUUGGAUCAGUUUUUUAUCCAAAUAAAAUGAUAAGACUAAUUGAUGAUGAGAGUGGAAAAAAAAUAAUAAAAUUGAUUGAUGUUUCUAUCCAUCAGUUUACUUAUCAAAGAUUAUGCUUUUUGUGCUAAUGGGAUGCUUUUAAACAUAUCUUUCAGCAUUAUUUAGAUGCUUCUAGCCACAAAUAAAAUAAAAAAAGCAAACAUAUGGCUUCAUCAAACGAAAACUUCGAGAAAAGUAUCAACUUUCUAAAAGGAAUGAUAUUCAGAUGA